AUGGCCAGUGACGGUUACAUCAUUAGUGGCACGCGCAUCCAGCUCCCCGAUGUUCCGGCGGGAUUCAUGCGGGCGGACUCUGCCGGCACCAUCGUCAAGGCCGACACGGCCGCCUUUGUCGCGGAGAUCGACAACCUGGCCGGACAGCCUAACGGCGUGGCCUCGCUCGAUGAGAACGGGCAGGUGCCGCUGUCGCAGCUCGGCAACGCGCCCGGAGGCGGUGGCGGCGAUUUCGUUCCACCCACCGACAAGGGCGUCAUCAUCACCGGCGACGGCAGCCACUCGGUCACGCUCGCGGCGGGCGCCAACAAGACCGCCCUCAUCGCCGACCCUACCCGGUCCGAGGGCAUCAAGUGGGCGGCCUACGACCACGUCGAUCUGCUCAACAAGGGCACCAACACACACGCUCAGAUCGAUACCACCCUGAGUCUGAGCGUCAGUGAUGUUACGCAGGGCAACAUAAUGGCGCAGGUGUCGGCCGUCACCAGCGUCACCGCGACAUCCGGCAACUGGCUGCUGUGGCUGGCCUACUCGUGCGAUCUCGGCGGCGUCAGCGGAACGACCGCGCAGACGGUGUUGGCCAAUCGCGUCGGCGGAUCCUUCACCAGCGGAUCGGCGGCGCUCACCACCGCCAACGGUGUCGCCUCGGUCAAGCUCAUGGUGACGCAAACGACCGACACAACCUGGCACGCGACCAUCUAUGGCAACGCGGCGUCGAAGCUCGUCCCCCUUUAA